AUGGGUAACGCAUUGGCGGGACCGGUCAAGGGCAGGAUGGGGUCCUCGAGAUAUCGCACGGGUCAGCCCGUAUACGAUAUAUAUGAUCGACCCUUGAACGGUGUGCGCUUCGAAUUCCCGGCCCCUCCUCAGCUCCGCCCGGGCCUCAAACUAACCGUCCGAUUCGUCAUCAGAGAGAGUGAAGAUGGCCGACCCAUCAUCGCCAUCCGGCUCGUCGGUGAUUGCUGCAAUAUCAUCAGCGUCCCCGGCAACCCAGCUUGGUUCAUGCCCUGGGAAGAGCGCCUCCAAGCCACCGUCCCCUUCCCCGCCGAGCGCGAGGAGCUUCGCGGUUACAUCCGCGACCACAUUCUCUGGUGCAACCGAGCCGGUGCCAGUGUGGUACAGGUCACUGACGACCGGAUUGUCUUGACUGGAAUACACGAGGUUUUACAGGAGUGGAGAGCGAGAGCGAGAGCUCAAGCUCAACAUGCUCAGGAAUCCGAGAGCGGGAGCGGGAGCAGCAGCAGCAGGGACGAGCAGCGGAGCAUUUGGUCAAAAGGACCAGUGUUGUCGAAAAUAGCGGGGCAGUUUAUUGAGUUGUUCAAGUGGGUGGAGUUCAGUCCAAGUGAUUGGGCUGAGGUGAUGAAGUAUAAGCAUCAGUGGGGGAGCGUGUUUGAGGAUUUGGUCAAGGGGAGGAGGAAUUUUGCGAUUGGGCCUUUGAGGACGACGAGGCUGAGGGUGCAUCUGGGUGAACUUGAAGGGGGAGGAGGGGGGCAUUUUGAUGGUGACUACCACCAGAAGAGGAUGAGGUUUUGGAGCUCUAAACUCUGA